CUGGCUCGAGUGGUUGUAUUACUCAGAGCAGCGCGGGUAUUCUCUAACGUUAGGACUGUGGAAGGACACAAUACUAAUAGAAAAAAUGUCAACAGAUUGCGAGAAAUCCCCAAGGAGAAAUCUGUCGUGCACAAUGAAAAACCGAUAUAUGAACAGGCAACUGUUCACGGAUGUUAUCAUAUGGUGUUUCGUGUGCGUCCCCGUGUUGGUAUACUUCAUUUGGGGGACACCCUACACCCAGGGCUUCUAUUGUGACGACGUCUCCAUCAGACUCCCUUACAAGAGCAACACCAUCUCCACGCCGGCGCUGCUCACUGCCGGACUCGCCCUGCCUCUCCUGACGCUGUUUCUGACGGAGAUACUGCGGGUCACUUUGGGCAGGGACGACACCUUCAAGACUCAGAACAUCGACUUGAUGAUGGCGGUCAAGGGGUUCGGGAUCUUCUUGUUCGGGACCAUGGUCAACAAGGUGUUUACUGAGAUCACUAAGUACUCCGUCGGCAGACUCAGACCCAACUUCAUCGACGUGUGCAGGCCAGACUUCACCAGCAUCAACUGUAGUCAAGGCUAUAUCACGGACUACACGUGCACGACAACGGAACACGGCGCACGUGAAAUCCGAGACAGCAGGCUGUCAUUUCCUUCCGGACAUGCGUCGUUUGGUGUCUUCUGCUCGGUUUAUGCAGUUCUUUAUAUGCAAGCACGAUUAAAAGUGACGUCAUCCUACCUCCUGAAGCCAACCCUCCAAUCAGCCCUGCUGUUGCUCUCAGCUUGGUGCUGUCUCACCAGAGUAACAGAUAACAGACAUUUUCCCUCUGACGUCAUCGCAGGAUGCGUGUUGGGCAUCGUGACAGCGUGGCUCACGUUCUACAAGGUGGCGUUGGAUGUGCUGCAGACAACGCAGAGAGGGGAGGUGGAGAGAGCGUACUCUGUCAACUCGGAAACCGAGCCAGCCACCCCUGCUCCCUUACUGAGGAACUCCAAAGACCACUCCUGCACCGUCUACCUGAACAACCCUCUCCACGAGAAAGACAGAACUGUUAGUUAGAAGCAAACCCCAGGCAGCAGCAAGAUCAUACUCAGGAGACCUCUCAAACAAAGUUUUAGCCUGAUGCACCUUGACUUGCAUCUUUUGCUCCGUGGCUUACAUAGGUAUAAGAUGUACGUAAAUAAACUACUCGAAAAGAAGUUAAGGACCAACCUUUUCUUUCAUAUUACUAUCGUUAAUCUGUCAUGGCAUCGGAAUCGGGUGUUCCUUAACUUCUAUUGAGUAGUAUAUCAGACCAACUGACUCAUGCAUACUUCAGUGUAGAUAUAUUUACAACGGUAUAUCUGCUCUUUUGGAUUGCUGAAACAUUCUUAGGUAUUGUCUAGAGUUACCUCCCUUGUCUCCCAGGAUCCGCUGUUCCUGGGUUCGUAUCUCAGAUUUCCCAAGAUUUUUAAUGUUGGUUCGUAAGACUUUCUUUCCAAACUUAGCGUACACGACCUGAUAUAAUUAACUUUGGGCUUUCCGUCGUUUGAAAUACUAAAAUACUGACUUUCUCAAACAAAACUGCAUUCGAACUCAUUUAUCUGAAAGCUUAAAGAAGAGUAAUGAAAGAGAAAACCGUAGAUUGGGUACGGGUUAAGAUGGUGCUGCCUGAUCUCGGGAUGACUGUACGAAUUUUGAUUAAAUCUUGGCAAGGACAGCGAAUGUCCUUCUAUGUGUAAGGUGAUGCCAAAGAUUGUAUUUAUCUACUUUGUUAACACCACUGUGUGCAUAUUUCCAUCACACUAAUCCUAAUCUGGAAUAGGCAGCAUUUUGUAUCCAUGGUAACGUCAGAAUCUGUUUCUUUAAGAACUAUUUAUUAUGAUGCUUAGAAUAGGGCUUCAUGUACAGUGGGUAGUAUACUGUUUCCAGUGUUUGCAAAUAUUAAUGUAAAUACGACAGCUGCACGCCCCCCGCUUGUUGUCUACAGUAUGGUAUAUCUAUGAUUCAUAUCAGGGCCAAUGAGCAAGACAUGGGUUAAAGGAAGCGUAUACAUAAUGCGAUACCACGUGACCAAAUGUUUCCCGGCUUUGGUCCAAGACUUCACAUGUAGUGUGACAAUGUGUAUGUUUUGUAUCUGUUUAGUUUCAAAUAAUCAAAUUUAGGUACUAAUUUGGGAGUUGUGUGCUCUAACAAUAGACCAGCAGUUGUAUAGAAGCGCUGACAAUAGACCAGCAGUUGUAUAGAAGCGCUGACAAUAGACCAGCAGUUGUAUAGAAGCGCUGACAAUAGACCAGCAGAUGUAUAGAAGCGCUGACAAUAGACCGGCAGAUGUAUAGAAGCGCUGACAAUAGACCAGCAGUUGUAUAGAAGUUGUAUAGAUUGGAAACUGUUUAGCUCUGACAAUAGGUCGGAAGCUGUCCAGCAGCUCUGACAAUCGAUCGGAAGCUGUCCAGCAGCUCUGACACUAGCUCGGAAACUGUUCAGCAGCUCUGACAAUCGAUCGGAAGCUGUCCAGCAGCUCUGACAAUCGAUCGGAAACUGUUCAGCAGCUCUGACACUAGCUCGGAAACUGUUCAGCAGCUCUGACAAUAAGUCGGAAACUGUUCAGCAGCUCUGACAAUAGCUCGGAAACUGUUCAGCAGCUCUGACAAUCGAUCGGAAACUGUUCAGCAGCUCUGACACUAGCUCGGAAACUGUUCAGCAGCUCUGACAAUAAGUCGGAAACUGUUCAGCAGCUCUGACAAUCGAUCGGAAGCUGUCCAGCAGCUCUGACAAUCGAUCGGAAACUGUUCAGCAGCUCUGGCAAUAGGUCGGAAACUGUUCAGCAGCUCUGACAAUCGAUCGGAAACUGUUCAGCAGCUCUGACACUAGCUCGGAAACUGUUCGGCAGCUCUGACAAUAAGUCGGAAACUGUUCAGCAGCUCUGACAAUCGAUCGGAAGCUGUCCAGCAGCUCUGACAAUCGAUCGGAAACUGUUCAGCAGCACCGACAAUCGAUCGGAAACUGUUCAGCAGCUCUGGCAAUAGGUCGGAAACUGUUCAGCAGCACCGACAAUCGAUCGGAAACUGUUCAGCAGCUCAGGCAAUAGGUCGGAAACUGUUCAGCAGCACCGACAAUCGACCAGUAGCUGUAACUCUUACAACAUAACAGAAGCUACAUGUAUAUGUGCUUUGCCAAUAAAUCACACAAACGACCCGGGAAGCACAUGUCAAACUUGUGAUGAUUUAGACAUUAAAUCAUUAAUGUGUAUGCUCCAUCGCCGAUAAUCCCUGUCAUUAUAGCUCCAUUAAAUAUCGUGAUAUUAUAAUGGAUUAUAUUGUAUUCUUGGGGGACUGGGAUUUUUGUUACAGACAUUUUCGGUCUGCUUCAAAACAUAUCUUUUUCUCUGAAAGGAGACAAAUUAUUUACAAUACAUUUUCCCAGACCACUUAGCAUGUACAGCGAACAGGUCUUUUUUUAUUUAGAGAAAACCCUGAGGCAAAAUUAUGUUUUUUCUAGAACAAAUAAUUUUGGGGGAAAAUAAUCCCGGAGCCUCCUCAGAUUAUGAAGUGAUCGGCCAGUAAUUAGAAUGGAGAUAUAAUUCACAAGAUAAUCGAGGACGGGUACAGCCAACAUGUAUUUCUCUCAUGUGAUCACCACAGUGAACGUCAUUGUUAAAUUUAGUAUUAUUUGCAGUGUACUGUGCAUAUCACCAGCUGUUUAUGCAUUUGUGGCAUAUAUUAUUUUAUUUGUAAACUGGGUUUUUUUAACAGUGAAACAUAUUUUUGUAAAAUUGUUGUUUCAGUGCCUCUGCUCGGUAUGUAGAUAUGACAGUAUGUACAGGAUGUAAUAAAAACUUAAACCAACAA